CCGGGGGGGAGGGGAGAAGAGCUACGGGAUGGUGAUUUGUGACGUAAUGACGGUCCCGCAGCUUCGUGUUCAGCCACCACGUGGCCCCGGGCUGUGCGGUGGCUGCGCGAGCCCCGCACGUGUGGGCCGAGACGCUGUGACGUGCCCUGCACCAGGCUGAGACCUGUCCACCCCCUCAGCCAGUGUCCGUCUGUCCUGCUGCCCCCUCCUGGCCUCGCACCUUCUCUCCACAAUAUUCCCGCACGCAGGCAGGGCAGGAGCCCACACGUGGGGUGGCUGGGCCUGGAGCCGGUGCCUCCUGCUGCCCUGAGCUUCAGUGACUGAUGUGCAGGGACGUGUCAGUUGAUAAAAAACCCGACAGAGAAAGGAUAUGCCCUUACUGUUUCCAGUUUCUGGUUCCUGAUAACCACAGAGUACGUCUCAAACCCAAGAUGAAACUGACUCCACGGAUACAGAAACUUCUUAAUCGGGAGGCAAAGAACCAUAAACUCAAUUUGAAACAGACAAAGCUUUUGAAAAAGUACAAGGAUUCAAGCAGUGUUCUGUUGGUUACUUGCAACACAUGCAACAAAACAACAAGACAUCAUGGUAAAAGCAGAGAUUUUCUGGCAACAGCAACAAGCCGUUCUGGUGCUCUGAAGAGUAAACCAGACCCAAAGAUUCCGAUAUCUGCAAACAAAAUGACACCCUUAAACCACAGUAAAUCUGGAUCUACAAGCAAGAGUCCAGCAUCAACUUCCAGAACAUGCAUGUCUGGACAUUCACCAUCCAGUUCUUUCCCCAAGAGUCCCAAAAACACUAAAUUUCAUUUUGCUCAGCUAAAAUGGUUGCUGAAUCUUGAAGAACAACAAAAGAGCCAGAAGAAGAUGGACCUGAAAAAUUUCUUGUCUUCACUCUGAAAUACUGAAUAAUUACAAUAGUCAUGAUAAUGGUUACAAUAGUAGUGGCUAAAAUUGGGCCAGUAUAUGAACUAAAUUAGUGGCUGCUUUGUUUUUUAUAAAUUUAGAAACAAUUUUUGUUAAUACUGGUUUAAUUUCUGGCUGUGCUAAGGCCUUCAGCAUGUAGGGGAGAUUUAAAUAUAUUGUUUGGAAACAGUCUCUGUACUUUGAUAUGGAUAUCCAGAGGAUAUUGCUGGAAUAAUAAGGUAAUAAGCCAAGCCUUGGAAGCCUGAACUUGUUUCACAAUCUUUAAUGGCUCAGGAAUUAAAAGCCAAAAUCUGUUCUUGGACCAGAUGGGCUUGCGCUCUAGCAAUCAGUUUAAUGAUUUUUAAAAUAGGAUCCUGUACCACAGUAGAACUUGCAGAGGAUCUGUUUCUCUCUAAUUCUUUCCAGAUCUGUGCUGUGAAUGGUGUGGGUUUGCUUGUCAGUUUUACUCAGAACUUUCUCUGUGACUAAAACUGAUUUCCAAAGGAAAUCUGUGUGGUCAUCUUAAUGUACUGACAAAGUAAUUCUGAAACAUUCCUACUUAACGGUAUUCAGUGGAAGUAAGUCUUAUUCUGCAAUUUCUGAAGUUGAUGGCUCCAGUUUUCCAUUUGGAAAGAAAAUUAUUUUUUACAUACAGAUAGCUUUAAAACAAAAAAUUUGUCUUUCUGUAAGUUAUAUAAAGUUACUUCCUUUAUGUUCCAGUUCUCAUUCUUGUAUUGACACCAGUAAAGUGACAAAUAAAAUGAUUCCACUUGUCCCUUGAA